GCGUGAUAUCUACGCAUGUUCGUGAAAGCGUGGUCUCCAUUCUCUUUCUGGGUUUCUUUUCCUUAACCCUCUUUAACACUCAUUCAUAUCUUUCCUUUUCCCCCGUGUCGUUUUCCAUUGAGGUCAAGGAGAAGUGUUUAGAAAUAGUCGUCAGGAGGUAAUUUGGGGACCUUUUUGACCACGACAAUAGACUACGGGAAGGAAGGGAGGGGACGAGGCUGAAACCGGUGCAUUCUGGGGGGAAAUAAGAUGCAGGCAGUGUCCGCGAGUGAAAAACGCCGUCAACAGGGUGGAGGCUUCUCUCCAGCCAAUCACGUGUCGGAUGUGGUGUGGAGGGAGGAGUGAAAGACGCACGCUUUCUCUGGAUAAAUGAACGACAAACUGUGCAGCCGCCCGUAAAAUACGACUCCCGACAAUUUAACUUCCUUGAGAGACGUCAAACAGCCAAAAUGACUGAGAAGAAGGCCGUGAUAAAGAAUGCAGACAUGUCUGAUGAAAUGCAGCAGGACGCAGUGGACUGUGCCAUGCAGGCUAUGGAAAAGUACAACAUUGAAAAAGAUAUCGCUGCGUAUGUCAAAAAGGAGUUUGACAAGAAGUACAACCCCACGUGGCAUUGCAUUGUUGGGAGGAACUUUGGCAGCUACGUGACGCACGAGACUAAGCACUUCAUCUACUUCUACCUGGGCCAAGUUGCCAUUCUACUGUUCAAGUCAGGUUGAAAUCCAAACAUGUCGUCCGAAAACUACUUUUAAUUCAGCCCUUAAUAGUUCUGUGCCACGCUGUUAAUUUGGUACCACCUUUCUGCAGACAUGCCUACCUCAUGGUUUCCUGCUUGUUUCCGUCUGUUCUUGUGUGCCACCUUCAACAAUAUCACAACCAUCGGUGGAUUGCGCUUUAGUCAUGCCUGGGUUGGCGAUGUGCCGAUCAUAGUAAAUGCCACUCUACAUUCCAGCAUUCACCCAGCGUUUUUUGCAUCUGAUGGACUGGUGACUCAUUAUUUCCGGAUAUUAUUUUUGCUGUGCAUUUUUGCACAAACCUUGUACAUUGUUUCGUACGGAUAUGUUGUAUAAUAACUUAUUUUUCAUGGAAUUGAAACAUGCGACAGAGUUUUUGUUGAAUUGCCUUUGAUUUUCAGUGUUGACUGAAUAUAAAUUCCAAUACUGUUGCUAACAAUUAAUAAAGAAAACAACAUGCCAAGAGGUUUUCUACAUGCGUCGACAUUCCUGUUUCCACUUCAGUUGUGAAUCUUUACAAUGUUAAUGCUCUGGACUGUAAUUUAAUGUUUGGUAUUGUAAUGUUUUCAACAUGUUGAGCACAAAACUGACACAGUAAAUUGGUUUAAAAUGUG